GUCCACGCGCUGGAACUGGUUAGAGCGCCGCGGAGCAGGACAGAGCUGCAGACACACGAGCUGCGACCGCCUAUUACACAGGUGUCAUCUCACCACAGCCGCCGGUCAUUCACAGAAGCCGCUUCAAGUCCCGCAUACAGUACACCGUAGCAGCGUUUGAUUAAUCGUGAAGAAGGCUAGAGGAUCCAUAUGAGGAUUCGUUGUUGUGACAGUUUUCAGCUGCUCCAGUUCGGAGCCAAUAAGUGCGCGUCGGUCGCUGCGUUUUUUUAGCGUCUUUUUUCCCACCUGGAGUUACAUGUCCCGAAGAAUUGGUUGAACUUCAACGCCAAAAUGAGAGCUCAAAUAGAAGUAAUCCCUUGUAAAAUCUGUGGAGAUAAAUCAUCGGGAAUUCACUAUGGUGUUAUCACCUGUGAAGGCUGCAAGGGUUUCUUUCGACGCAGCCAGCAGAAUAAUGCAAUGUACUCAUGCUCACGACAGAGGAACUGCCUAAUUGACAGGACCAACCGCAAUCGUUGUCAGCACUGUCGGCUGCAGAAGUGUCUUGCUUUGGGUAUGAGUCGUGAUGCCGUGAAGUUUGGCCGCAUGUCCAAAAAGCAGCGCGACAGCCUGUACGCAGAAGUCCAGAAACACCAGCAGUCCCAGGAGUGUGCCAGGGUCAGUGCCCUCGAGGACAAAAGUGACAUGGCUGAGCUCGGUUGCACCUACAGAAGAGGCUCCAGCGCCACGCUCAGCGAUUUGGAUGACAUAACAACGUUGCCAGAGGGCCUGCUUUUUGACCUGCCGCUGACCCCGGAGGAUGCAGGUGGAGAGUACUGCAACCUAGACAUGCUGGGUGGAAGUGCAGGCAACAGUUCCUCCUCCCAAAGCUCACCAGAACAGACCAGCUUGGACUUUGCCGAUGGCAACCACAGCAUCAAGCACGAAUACCAGCUACUGAACGAUUCUGGACUCUUCUCACACGCUAUCCUUAACCCAUUGCCAGGGGGCUGCAACCUGCUUGAGAUAGAACGUAUAACACAGAAUGUGGUAAAGUCCCAUAUUGAGACGAGCCAAUACAGCACAGAGGAGCUGAAGAGAAUGGCCUGGACCUUGUAUACUUCAGAAGAAACACGCUCAUACAUUACCAAGUCAGCUGAGGUUAUGUGGCAACAGUGUGCUAUUCACAUCACCAAUGCAAUCCAGUAUGUGGUAGAGUUCGCCAAGCGCAUCUCUGGCUUCAUGGACCUCUGUCAGAACGAUCAGAUUAUCCUCCUCAAAGCAGGCUGCAUGGACGUUCUUCUGAUCCGUAUGUGCCGGGCCUAUAACCCCAUCAAUAAUACAAUGCUCUUUGAUGGAAAGUUUGCCUCGCCUCAGCUGUUCAAAGCUCUUGGCUGCGAUGAUCUCGUGAAUGCAGUGUUUGACUUGGCUAAAAGCCUGAGUCGUAUACAGAUGACUGAGGAAGAGAUGGCUCUCUUCACUGCUGCUGUGCUGCUCUCUCCGGACCGCCCCUGGCUGACAGAUGUCCAGAAGAUUCAGAAAUUACAGGAGAAAGUUUAUGUAGCUCUUCAGCGAUGUCUGCAAAAAGAAGGAGCAUCAGAUGAGAAGCUCGCUAAGAUGGUGUCUAAGCUUCCCAUACUGAGGUCCAUUUGCAACCUCCACAUUGACAAACUAGAGUUUUUCCGCCUGGUUCACCCUGAGACGGCCUACACCUUCCCUCCUCUGUACAGGGAGGUUUUCGGCAGUGAGAUAACCUUCCCGGACUCCACGGAGGGGUAGUUCAGCAAUUUGCUUUAAUAGCAUGUUUCAUAUAGCGAGACUAGGAUGUGUUUAGAGGAAUAUGAAAAUGUGGCAACCAGCUGAGGCAAAAACCAAACAGCAGCCCAAUGACAAUCCUGCACGCCACACUUUGGCCCACACUCCUCUCACCUCUGAACUCCCAACCCUGAGGAGUAGCGUUCACUGCCCUGCAAACCAGUCCUCUCAGCCUAACACUACUGGGGGUAAUUUAUGCAUGUUACCUCCUUUUAGGGAGUUUAAAACAAAGAAUAAUAACAAUUGAAGAGUAGCCUAGGUAAUUUGUAUUCUCAAAAUUAUUUUUGUAUAAGACACCUUAAACCGCUCACUGAGUUUAAUUCCUUUCUAUUGAACUUUUACUGUUCUCACAGCUCCUGUAAGCGGUUGUUGAAUGUAUCCCCAUCUGUCCUUAACCAUCCAGCACAGCCCCAGGCCCGAUACAGAAUGUACAGACCUACAGUCCUCACCCACUUUGUGGAGAUUUUGCAGAAGGAUGUCUGUUUCAGUUGUCAGUCUCUUAGCAGUUCAUUGUUUCAUUCAGUACUUUUCGGUAGCAAGUAUAGUUUGCAGUUUUGUAACAUAUGAACAAACUAUUUAAAGGGACCACGAUCAAACUCACAAACAGACAAGGUUUUUUAAACUGUGGAAAUCAUGGGCAGAUAGAUGUUCAGCUUGGCUAUUGCCAUGCAUCUACAGUACAACAACACGUUCCUGCAAAGCAAAAAACAUAGCACUUAUAGAGACAUAAUUUUAGGUAUUUGUACUAGCACACCCUCGUGUACUGAUGCAAGUGAACUUAGUUUUUUUUUUUUUUUUUUAUGCAAUCAAUGACCUCAGUCCAAAUACCUUUUCCCUUUGCAAAAACACUUAGAGAGAGAAACACAAAGGUAUUGUGAAAGCUCUUUUUUCAUAUGUACCUUUAUAUAUAUAUAUAUAUACAUAUAUAUUGUGUAAGAGAAGAAGAGGAGGGCCAUGUCGUGCUUGUGCUCAGAUCAUCCUGCCCACACUGGGCUUCUGGGAUGAAAAGAUUGUAGCUGAAAUGACAAAAACAAGACUAAAAGGUGAUUAACUCUUAACGAGUUGUUGUUUUGAUCUCAAACAAUCCCUUGGCACAAGAUCAAAAUUUGAUGGGUUAGCACAGCAGUCAAACUGCCAGCUGUGACACAUGUUAAACCAUGCCAGAAGCAACCUCCUCCUGCUGAUAAGCUGCGUGAUGAAGGUGCUGGGAGGCUGGCCGUCGUGGGGAUAGCUGCUUUGUCAUGCCGGUUCAUUUGGACGCGUUGCACUUCAGCCUCCUCUGCAAUGACCGUGCCCCCAGCACCAUCUCAACCAAUAGGUUGAAAACAUUUUGAAAUGUGACCGUUAAUGACAUUGCCAACUACAAACUUAGAUGAAGUGGCAAAGAGCAGAAUGUGGACAGGUGGACUACGGUAUUAUUUAAGCACCCUGGACAUGUGGGGACUUUGUGGUCACCACCAAUUGUUAUUGCUUUGAGGUUGGGCAGAGUAUGUCUUCUAAUUGGAGAAUAUUUUCUGUUCCUUACUACCUACUCCCUUACUACCUCACCCUCUCCGAACACUACAUGGCACAGCACAGGGUUGACAGAGACAUCAGCUACCCCCCUGAGUUCAUAUUUCUGUAUUCGCAGUCCAGAGCCCCCCUGAUAAGUAUGACCGUUAGUGGUCAAAUGUAAAGGCUAGCGCCGACCGGUCAGUGUUUGUAAAACUGAUUGUCUUGCAGGUAAAUCUGGAAUGAAAACAGAAAAAAAAGUUAAAUGCUGGAUCUUUUAGUGCUAAGGACAUUUUCUCUGACUGCUGUUCUACUUUUUCAGAGCAGUUCAUGCCUUUAGGUUCAGGAACUCCUCAAUGGAUGCAAAUCUAUCACAAGUGAAGUCUCUAGAGACACCUGAGGGUGUGUCCCAAUGGAGCCCUUUUAUGUCAAAUGGGGGGGACGUAUUAGAUUUCUGUAAAACAAGAAGUCUCAUUCUGCUAGUAUCUUAAAAAGGUUGUGAGAAAAGAAUAGCUGUAAAUGGAUGAAAUAUUAAUGUUAUUUCUAUCCUAAGCAUUUAAAGACAAUCUUGAGGCAUAUGUUUGAUGUGUGACUUUAUGUCAUGCUAAAGCGGGGCUUGCUUUGCACUGCUGGGACAGUGCUGUUUGCCAUAAACCAUGUUGUCUCACGUAGUAUGAAGGGGUUAUUAUAAAUAAUAGUUUUGGUACUUAUGAUAGUGGCAUUUUGGGAUUGUGCAAUAAUGUCUUUCCCGUUGUUAACAGUAUGUGGCUGUUAUUUCUCAUGUAUUACAGUCAAUAUUUUCAUCAGCACUCCAGCACGGUAACCUUGCAACAAUAUAUUCAGCAUAAUAUGCCAAAUACUUAACCAACUUCUUUGCAGAUCAGCUGAAACAGCUAGAUGGCACUUAAUGGUUGUAACAAAUGCAAUAAAUUGCAUAUAGAGCCUGAGACAGUUAGAUAUAAUGGAUUCUCAAGAUUCUUCGAUACUUUGACAUUUUUCAAUGCUUAAAAAUCGUCCAGAGGCCAGAACUUGUGAUCUGCACUUAACAUUUCCGUUUAGAGUUACUCAGGGAGAUAGCUGGGCUCUCUGUCCUACAGUGUCUGCAGUAAGUCAAGCUAGCAUGACACUUUGCACCAAUACAGAAGACCUUUAAAGCUUUGAUCACUGUGUACAGUACAUGUUCUUGUGAAUGUUCGAUUACAGAAGUAUCAGUCUUUACUCCUGUCUAAUACCAUUAUUGCAAGAUUUUAUUUUCUGAGUUUGAGUCAUAGAUUAAAUAGGACAAAGAAACUGUAAAAGAUGGAUUAUAAUCUCUGAAUUAUGUGUUGGUUUUUGUGAUCUUUUGUUUAUCAAUUCCCAUCCUUUUAUGUACUGUUAUUUUUUUUUUCUCUUUUCAGAUUAGUGUCCUUUUUUGUCUUGGAGAAAUAUAAUUCUAUUUUUUUUAAAGAGCAUUUUUAAAAAUGUCUCCCUAAAAGUUUCUCUUUUCAUGGUCCUUCUGUUUAUGAUCUUUUCACUCUAUUUUAUGAUUAUUGUUAUUAAAUCAAGAUAGAUUUUAAUAUGAAAUAAUUUAUGACAUGUUAUGGUUGUAAAGCCCAAGAGGCUUCAAAAUGGUGUUAUUGCACAAUGGUGAUACUAUAUGUGGAUUUAAGAAUGUAAUAAAAGUCUUUUUACAAUGAAGAAA